UAGCAGCGACAAUUUUUUGGUGUACAAAAUAAUAAACAAGAUUCCGUUUGUAAAAUUUUCCCUUCAACGCUUUUAUCAAAAAUCAUAAUGGAAGAUUUCAAGCAGUUAUUGCAACAGAAUGUCUACCGAUAUGAAUCAACGGACUCUAAUUCAGCCACCGAUAGCGAAGAAAGUACAAUUUCAGGUGUGAAAAACGAUGUAAAGGCAGUUUUUCAAGGUCGGAUGCCAACUAGGCGGCCCAAUCCAAAUGUCCAAAAUAGAAAUGCUUUGUUGGCACGGGAAAAUCGUCGAAAGAAGAAAGCGCAUUUAGAGGCAAUGGAGAAGGAGUUGGAGGAAGUGCGAUCGGCCAAUAAGCAGCUUAAGAAGGCGUUGAAACAGCAAAUGAAAGCAGUAAACCUACUUCAACGAGAAAAAAGGUAUUUUCAGARCGUUAUUGCAAAUCACAAAGAAAUAGAGAAUCUUAUUAAAGCUCUGAAUGUUCGAAUGCAUGUUCAGCAGUCUCCGCCCGUAAAUUCGCCAAUGCUGAGUUCUCCAGUUCAUUCGUAUACCAGUCAGCAAUUAUGCCAGUCGUCAACGAUUUUACAGCAAACAAACGGUUUGGACAAUGUUGAAUGGAAUGUGGCAUCAACAUCGGAAAAUUCGGAUAAUGAUUUUAUACCAUCGUCAACUUUUAAUGACACGUGGGUCGAUAUCUUCCACGAAGACCUAGGAACUAAAGGUUUGACAAAAUUAACCACAGUUGGAGGAGAGCAUAGUUAUGCGGACGUUGAUCAAGUGCCAUCACUUGAAAGUAUAGAAUCUGAUGCGGGCAUUUGCUUACAUAUAAGGCAAGGAAAGGUGUCUUUAGAGUUUUGCCCGAAUUGCAGUUGGAAUUCUAACGAUUAUCCAUCUGCAAAUAUUUUGCAAAAUUAAUUGUUAAUUAAUUUGUUCUCUUUUACUUUUAGAAAACUAGUCUAUUAAUGUUAUUUAUGCUUUAAUGAAAUGUAAGGUUUUGUCAUCRCUUAAUCGGAGUGCGUAAAAUAUUAAGGUGGGUUUAUAUCCCAAAGAGAAUUGGUGGAAAAUUAUUGAAUUUACUGUUUGUUGCAAUUUUCAGCAAACUAACUUGCAGUAUAACAGCUCUCAACCUAUAUACUAUACAACAAAAAAUUAAUAUUUGGUUUGCUGCAUAAUGAAACGAAUUAUGGUAAUUCGGUAAAAUGAAUUGUUAUAAAUUUUAUUAUAACUGGAUUGAAUUAAUAAGCAGAAUAAUCUAUUUAUGUAAAAGCUUGUAAAAUAGACUACCUACUCCUUAUAUUUUAGAGCACUCCGAAUUAUAUCGAUGAAAUGUUUUUUGGAUGAAUAAGUUAAAAGAUUUACUAUAAUUAAAUUAAA